CCCCAGCCAGGGGGCUGGGAGGGAGGGUUUCCAUGGUGACGAGAAACAAGGCCAGGAUUAGAGCGGCUGCUCUUGAGCUGCUACCCCUACAGCGCCAUGAUCCCCCCCGCAGACUCUCUGCUCAAGUAUGACACGCCCGUGUUAGUGAGCCGGAACACGGAAAAACGGAGCCCCAAGGCUCGGCCACUGAAAGUCAGCCCCCAGCAGCCUGGACCCUCUGGUAUAGUUCCACAGCCACCCAAAGCCAAACUGCCCUCAACUUCCUGUGUUCCAGAUCCUACAAAGCAGGCAGAAGAAAUCUUGAAUGCCAUCCUGCCCCCAAGGGAGUGGGUAGAAGACACACAGCUAUGGAUCCAGCAGGUGUCCAGCACCCCCAGCACCAGGAUGGACGUGGUGCACCUCCAGGAGCAGCUGGACUUGAAGCUGCAGCAGCGGCAAGCCAGGGAGACAGGCAUCUGCCCUGUGCGCAGGGAGCUCUACUCGCAGUGUUUUGAUGAGCUGAUCCGGGAGGUCACCAUCAACUGUGCAGAGAGGGGACUGUUACUGCUGCGCGUCCGGGAUGAGAUCCGCAUGACCAUCGCUGCCUACCAGACUUUGUAUGAGAGCAGCGUGGCAUUCGGCAUGAGGAAGGCUCUACAGGCCGAACAGGGAAAGUCAGACAUGGAGAGGAAAAUUGCAGAUCUGGAGACAGAAAAAAAAGAUCUGGAGAGGCAAGUGAAUGAGCAGAAGGCAAAAUGUGAAGCUACUGAGAAGAGGGAGACCGAGAGGCGACAGGUGGAGGAGAAGAAGCACAAUGAGGAGAUUCAGUUCUUAAAACGGACAAAUCAGCAGUUGAAGGUAAUGGAGAUGCAGGUCCUGUGCCUGAUCCAGCCCCAGCUUCACAGCCUCGACCGUUCAUUCCUUUUCCACUGAUUGCUUUUAAAUGGUCUACAAGCACUGCCAAGGGGUACAGGAGGCUGAUCGUGGGAAGAGAUUCUCCAUUCCUCCAUCUCCAGCCUGUUCUCAACUCUGACGCUCCAUGAUCCGUAGGCAGUGAAGGACUUUCCUCCCAGAUCCAGUCCUUGGAGCCUUCCUUCAUGGGCAAGGUUUCCAUGGCAGGCUUUGACAGAAGUAUUUUCUCCUCCUAUCCACUGAGUUACUGCGUCUGAGACAGUCAGUGGCUGGGCAGUGAAGGGCAUUGAGAGGAAGGUUUUGAAAUUGGUUAGUUGUUCCAGAGUGUGGUGGUUUUCCUCAAGAGCCCAGUUGCUGGUGGCAUGCUUCUGUCUACCUGGCGUAGGAGGGAGGAGCUGAGGUAAAAAAGGCGGUAUGGGCGAGAGGCCAGACCAAAGGUCUCUGCAACUCCAUGCCAUCACAAAGAUCAGGCCUCUCACCAGCAUCACCCUCAUCACAGGCAACUUUGAAAAAAUCCAUUUCUGAAGCUGUUUGGGGGGGCACACCUGUAAUCCCAACAUUCCAGAGGUUGAGUCAAGAGGAACCCAAAUUUGAGGCCAGCCUAGGCUACAUAGUGAAGCCCUAUCUCAAAAAACAAAUUAUUGGCCCAUCUCAAAUCUACUGAGCAGAAACUAUGUAGUUGGUGUCUUAUGAUCCAUCCCCUCUGCUCCCAAUACUGAGGAUUGGACCAAGAGCCUUUGCACCCCAAUCUAUCUUGACAACAAAGCCCCAUUCUGGGGCUUGCUGAGAUCUGAGCAUCACUCUUCUACAUACAUGGCCUAUGCAUGUUGAACAGCUUUCUGCCAUGGCUCUGGCCCUAGCCCACUGCCUAGUCUUAGAGGAAGGUUCCAUUCUUGAGAUUGCAGGCAUGCUGGGUCUGCAUAUCAAAGGCCAUCUGUUUGUGAUGAGGCUUUGUAUUAACUACCUCAGAGAAUGACAAGAGAUUUUCUUGCUGAUGAAGAGCUUAACAGAAACAAGGAAAAGCUAGAAGCUUUCAUAACCACAUGCCUGCAUUUACUUAGUCUCUGACACUGCUUCCCUCCUAUAACCUUUCAUCAGCCGCACUCCUGUUUCAUAAGCCCAGGUUCCUCAGUUCCCCCAAUAGUAGUUAGCUCUAAGAGCAAAACAAUACCUUAGCACUGUCCUGAUGUUCAAAAGCAACCUUGUAAUCCCCAGGGUGGACUGUUUAGAGAUGAGUUAUUUUUAUUGGUGCAAAGCAGCACUACAAAUAAAACUUCUUGCACUCUCCAGAGGAGACUUACUUAUGAUAGUAAAUUUUUGUACUGACUGCCACAGCACAGUAAAUAACUCCCAAGUGUCUCAAGCUUUACUACAAGAUAGACAGCUCCCUAUUCACUGGUAGCAAUUUUCUCUAAUUGGGUGUCAAGUUGUCUCAGUGGCUGAUAAUUUGUUGUUUCCCAAACCUCCGGUUCCAGCAGUACCUUCAGGAUCCUAACCCAGAAAGCCAAAGGUUUAACUUAGCAGACACAUUCAGAUCUGAAGUCUGAGCAAUGAAAAACUGCUAUUUCAACAACUUCUACUCAAUUUCUUUUUCAACACUGUAUUACACAGAACUAUUAUUGUAUGGAAACCAGGACAGCUCUGGUUUCUCCUAAUAGAGCAACACUGUAUGCCAAGCCAGAAAUCAGCUAACAUAAUACGGAGAUAGGAAUGAAAGUAGGAACACUUGGAGUGGCAGCAUUUGGAUUAUUCUUUCAGACUUUUAUCACCUCUCAGCUAUUUGCUAGGCUGUAAGAUUCAAGUAUUAAUGGAGUGUGUUUUUGUUUUUCAGGCCCAACUGGAAGGCAUUAUUGCACCAAAGAAGUGAUAAUUACCAUAUGAGCCUCAGUGAGCACUCCUACCCCAUCAUAAGCCCUUGUAAUAAAAAGCUAGUUUCCUGAAUGAACAAGGCAACCCCUCGCUGAUCACCACCCAUAUACUUGUCAGGAAUCACACUGUGGCCUUGGCUGCCAGACACCUAGUCUGGCUCCUAGCUGGGGUAAUGGAAGGCAGUAUAACUGUGCGUGUAUGCAGCUUCAGGGGCAAUCUGGAGACUUUUACCAAUUCAACCCCAAGACUGAAGAAGCAACUGCUUUCCCAGCAACACUCAGUAUCAUUCACUUCUCACCAAAGCAGCUGCUGCUCUCAAGUUCUUGGUUCAGUCUAUCUCAUACCUUAACCUGGACUUCCCUGGCCCUUGUCCUUUCAUUUUUCAUAUCUACUCAAAUGCAUUCUUUGGAGCUAUGAUUUUAUAUUGUAUCAUCUUGUCCCCAUUCACUGUGUCAACUGGUUCCCUUUUUCCUUAGAUGCAGACUGCCUAGAUUGAGAAAAUGUGGUACACAAUUAAACCAUGGCUUUGGAGAAAGUAAAAUGCUUGCUGGAAAGACGUAGAAGUCCCAGUGUUCUUUGGUGCUGUCUGUACCUCAGCUCCUCCCUGACAACAGACAUCAUUUGUUCUUAUUUUGGGGGAAAAAAAAAAAAAUCAAACCCUGAGUCCACACCCUCCUAAUUAGCCAAGUUUGGUUAGCAGUUGGAGAGGUAACAUUUCGCAUGUAGUUCUAAUUAUCAAUGAUCAGCUACCGCCUACAGACUUUUGUAGACUAAGAAGAUUGAAUUAGCAACAUGAAACCUUUAACUCAGGACACACUGGGGUGGGCUAGGGCAGUAAGCUGACUCUCGUACAUUAUUCAGUCACAUUUCCUAAGCACCAUUCCUAAGAAGGAACUAACAUUUCCAUUUGUUUAGAAUACCUGGAAUGCUCAGUAUUCUCUAUGAGGACCUUGGCAGGACUUGGAUGUGACACCGGUCCUCGUCAAGGCUUCCAGGCUGUUAUUCCAGAACUCUCCCACAAGAGCUGUAUUUGAAGUGAAAUACACUCCAGUACUCCAUCCUUAAACUGCAAGUCACAGCUUUGGUCAACUGUCCUGGGGAAACUCUCCAGUAACCUGCCUGUGCUGCUUUCUUCAUGGGAAAGAACUGUUCCUUAGAUUUGCUGGUUCCAUGAUCUGACAGUAAAACAUCUGCGUCCAAGUGGGUCCCCUUAAAUUCAAUGAAAGGUAGUGAGCUGCUGUAGCUUUUCCUUCCUCUUUUUAAGCCUAGCCAUGUAUAUUACUUGAACCACACUUCUUUUUACAGUGUCCCAAACUGCUACUUUCUGGUACGAAAAAAAUAGCACACUGCAUUCUGCAGACUUCGUUUCCCAUUUCUGUCAAUAUACACACACAACAGGGCUACACUCCGGAGGAGUGUAAAGGUAGAUUCAAGUGUUUGAAGUGGCACAGAACUCUUUAGGGUUGAGGGCUUUCUCUUUAUUUUCACCAGCACUGGUGAAUGGCUUCUGCUGUUAAACCUCAGAAUAAACAUAGGCCUUAGAAAUGCCACCUUGGUAUUAAGACAAAAAACAUAAUUUCUAAUUGCAUAUUUUGGUAUAAUGAAUAAACAAUUCUUUACAUGUUA